UCUUCAUACUUAGCAAUAGGGAGUAUAUGUUGAAUGGUAAUUUGUAAUCAAUUCUAUCAUCGCUAAACAUUACACAUGGUAGACAUCAUUGUAAUCAAAUCAAUGAAUUUUGAACAACAAUAAAUAUUGCAUUAUGCAAUCAAAAUAAUGGAUGAAUUAUGGAGAUUAGAUUGCACAGUCAAAAAAGUUUGAUAAGAGAAGCCAACUACUGCACUUAUGCAUGGGCCAUGAGACAAGUACAUGCAUAUGCUAUUGUCGUGUGGGAGUUGAUUGGAAGGAAAAGAAGACAGCUUUUAUUAUAGGGUCAAAAUUGCAGUAUCAACUUGUCUCAUCUGUGUGAUGUGUAAUAGAAACAUUAUUAGUUUACUUCUUCCAUUAAAAUUAUAUAUACUCAUGGAAGGAUUGAAGUGUGCCAGCCCAAAAAUAAAAGGAAGAAAGGAAGAAAGAACAUGUCUGCCUGUGUGUUCUCUCAAUUGGGAGUUCAUAAUGUUAGCAAUUGCUUAGGUUUUGGUUAAUUGCUUUAUUUAUUUGUUAUGUAUUAAUUAUAUAUAUGCUUAUUUGAUUAACAUAGAAAGUAACAUGCAAUAUGCAGGCUAGGCGGGAAAACGGUCGGAAAUGGAAGUAUCAGUGAUAUCAACGGAGAACAUCAAACCAUGGUCAUUAGCAGGAAGUGAUCGGCAUGAGUUCAAACCAUUCAAGCUGUGCUUACUUGACCAGCUCAUGGUCUCCAUUCACUCUCCUCUCGUCCUCUUCUACACCAUGAAGGAUGAUCAUGAUAAGAAAUCAUCGGUUGGCACACGGUUGAAAGCGUCGUUGUCCAAGACCUUGAAUCCCUUCUACCCUGUAGCCGGGAGAGUGAAAGACAACCUCGUCAUCCACGACUUCGAACGAGGCGUCCCGUUCACUGAAACACGAGUGGAGGGACACCGUCUGCCCGACGUCCUGGCAGCCUCGCCACGUGGGGGACCCAGGCUGGAAUUCCUAAACAACUUGCUCCCGUUUGAGCCACAUUGUUACCAGGAGGAUGAAGCUGCUUCUGCACAGCUAUCGGUGCAGCUAAACACGUUUGACUGCGGUGGGAUCGCACUCGGGCUGAACAUGUACCACAAGCUCAUGGACGGGGCCACCACAAGCGCGUUCCUCCAAACCUGGGCGGCCAACUGCAGCGGUGAUCACCGGAUGAAGAAACAACCCGAACUACGCAAAGCAGCCCAAGUUUUCCCUCCUCGGGACUCCAUCCCAACCGAGGUCCAAUCGUUUUCAAACAGGAUGUUCUUCGAGGACGUGGGAGGACGACGACGGAGGAUGGGCGCGGCUGGGAGAUUCGUGUUCGAUGAAAAGGCUGUAGCGGCACUAAGAGCGAAGGCGGGGCUCAGCAUCACGAACCCGACUCGUCUUGAAGCUUUGUCUUCUUUCGUUUGGGAAUCGGCCCUCAAAGCAGCUGCCGCUGCCGACGAGGAGCAGCGACAGCCGACGUGCCUGAUGCAGGGCGUUAAUAUGAGGCCACUGAUGAGCCCACGGUUGUCCAAACACUCCCUCGGGAAUCUCGUGACCACCGCUAUGGCGUGCUGCGCGGACAACCCCGACAACAAGUCAAUGAGGGAGCUGGUGAGUCUCAUACGAGAUGGAAACAUGAGAGUUGACGAGAACUACCUCAACGGCAUCUCUGGCGAACAAGGGUUGACGGCCAUGGUCGAGGGGCAGAAGGUGUUGCAUGAGAUUAUGACUGGAGGGUUUGGCCGGACAAUUAUGAGUUGCUCAAGCUGGAUGGGGUUCGGUUUCAAUAAUUUCGACUUCGGUUGGGGGCAGCCCAUCUGGACCGGUUUGUCUGGAGACCCUAGCGGAGAUCAUCCUUGUCUCAACAAGUGUGCUUUUUUCAAGGAAGUGGCUGCCCGAGGGCGUGGAAACUCGAAGGCCAUAGAGGCAUGGAUAAGGCUAGAUGAAGAUGUCAUGGCUCUUCUUGAACAUGAUCCUCUCUUCCUUCAAUAUGCUUCCCCUAAUCCGCCUAUCAUCCUCAACUAGCUAGCUCACUAGCUGCAUCAUCACAUGUACUUAUGACUUCUCUAAUGAAUUAAUCACCAGACAACAUGUGAUUAGUUAAUGAAGCCUCCCCUUUCAUCACCUUCUGCUAUACUAGUUGCUAUCAUAUACCAGGAUGGUAUGGGGUGAUAUAUGUUGGACUUGGAUCGAGGAGACAAUGGCUUUGGGCUGUGCCUUGUGUGUUAUGAAGUUGAGUCAAUAACAAGUCCGGAUAGGAUUGAGUUAGUAGAAAGUGAGUUACAUGUGUUGCUAGUUUUAACGAUUGUGGUUGUAACUGUUAAGCAGGUCCUUGUUUUACGUUUGAUAGGCUGAGUGAUAGCUUGUUUUAGCUCACAAUAAUUGAGCUAGAUGUAUUUAAUAUGUUUCUUUGUUAUGUGAAUAAGAUUAUCUAGUGUUUGCCCUCUAUUGUGUAUAACAAUAUAUUUGGUCAUGAAAAAAUUGUCCCUAAAAAAUUUGUAGAUCUAAUAAAUAAUGACGAACUCAUUUUUUCUGAACAAAUUUUUUAAAAUUCGAAUUAUAAAUGAAGGUUGUUCUAGGAGUACUGGUAACGAGUGGUAUGAGUGUGACGAAAAGUCUUGUCUUUAUGUAUAUUAAAAAUUGAUAUUAUUUUGUAGAUUACGAUAAACUCAUUUGCUCUGUGCAAAAUAUUAAAUUUAAAAUCAAAAUUAAAACAAAGAAAACAAAAACUAAUUAGGAAAAAGUAAGGAAAUAAAAAGUCAUUUAAUCUCAUUUCUUAAUCUAGACCAGUUAAAAUCAAAAUGACCUCUAGUUAUUCACCCCAAAUUCAAUUCAGCAUACCAACUGGAUCUGCAUUAAUUGGCCAGGAUUCGCGACAUGUUGCAUGGCACAUGGGCCAGAUCCGAAUCCGUAAUGUUUACCCAAAAUAGCAAUCAUGGCAUUAUUGAUAUAUUACGAGAACAGCACCAUAAUUAGCCAGCAUUUAAUUAUAUACGUUGACUUCUCAUCCAAGCCACCCAAAUACAGAUAAUGGUGAGCU